AUGUAUUCACCAUAUUGGGUUGAUAACAACUUCCGUGCAAGUCGGCCCUUGAUACCUUGGGAUCGUCUAACGCACCUCCACUUCUUUGGACAUGGGACACAUGAUACAACACUCUACGAUAGACUUUUCAGUUUCGGCGGCAUCGAUCAAUUCACCUCUCUUGAAUCAAUGUGCAUCGAGCUUACAUACCCUCCUCCAGAAACAGAGACCAUCGACUAUACAGUCUUCGCCGAGGCAGCUCUAUUCCACAUUCUCAUUCCCGCCAGAAUGAAUCUCCUUCAUGGACUAUUCACUCGUCUUCCACAAUUAGGCCUAAUAGUCAUAAAAACCAACUUUAGUUACCCAGUGUUCCGAAUUUUAUGGGACAACGUGGCGAAGAGCAUGAAGGAUGAGCCGAGGAUCGUGUUUGAGAUGAAGGAACUCCGGGAUCAAGAUUUUUAUGAGAAUACGCUACGGGAUUCCAUGCGGACGAGUUCGCCUAAAAGUGUGGCAGCGUGGCAUGCGUUGAUUCGGAAUGCUCUAGAGGAAAUUAAUCAGCUGUGGGAUGCUGAAAAAUCAGAGGUGAAUCGCGGGGGUGAAUCGCAAGGCGAAUCGCGUCAAAGUGCGAUUCACCUUUCAGCGCGAUUCACCCCGAAUCGCUGGGGUUCCGGGGUCCGCGAUUCACUUUGCAUGAAAGUGAAUCGCGCAGGUGAAUCGCGCACUGAAUCGCGAGAUUUGUCCAUGGCUGUUAUUCUACCGGAGGACAUCCUACUCGCCGUAUUAGAGGCAUACGUUUCUCAAUUCGACACAACGGAUAUAUUAUCCACGAAGGAUCAGGUUUGCCAUUUCUCCUCGGCUGUACGAGAAGAGCUACCUUUUUGUCGUCCCGCACGCCACGUCAAACAACUACGAGUCCUCUUCGCGGAUCAUUCGGAUACCAAACGAUCCCUGCACGGUGUUCUUGAACCGCUUUUGAACCUAGUUCAUCUCGCAUUCGAUGGGAAUGGUUCGACAAUUCCGUAUUCAUUUUACACUCUUACCUCCGAUGGCACAUUGCCUCGUUUAACUCGUUUAAGUGUUCGACCGUCAUGCUUGUACAGUAUCGACGCCGAUCGAAUCUUAAUAUCAUGGGAGCAUUUCACGCAUCUCCAUAUAUUUGGAUCUGUGUCUCCGAAUGACUCGCAACUCUACAGAACAAUUCUUGGACAAGGACAGCUAAUGGACGAAUUCUCCUCUCUCGAAAUGAUGUGCAUUGAUCUCGCGUACCCUACUCUCCUCGAGGAGCAGCACCUCCGCUUACUAUUUACUCGUCUUAAGCAUUUGCGUCAAGUCAUCAUAAAGGUUACCUUUAGUUAUCCGAGGUUCCGGACUAUAUGGGACAAGCUAGCGAGGAAUUGA